ACGGUGAUCCGUACUGUCCAUUGAGUCAUGUAAGCAAUCUGGCAUCGCUACAUGCCCUGCGGUCACGAUCAUGCCAUUUAUAUUUAAAUACAGAUGUAAAUAUGUCAGAUGACCAUCAUCAUGAAUCAGUACAGCAAAAAAACCCAGACGAACUCUUGACCAGACAUCCACACAUCGUAGGUAAUACAGGACUGCACGGAGCAGGCCAUAUUCAGGAGGACACUUAGUGGCCCUUACUAGCAGUGACAAAAACAUAAUACAGUGUCUAAUAACAUUUACUGAGUAUCAUAAGUAAUUCCAUUUAUUUAGUAUCGGUACGAAUAAUACGUAAUAACGGAAAAGAACGAAGUCAUUCUAUAAGAUUACAGCAGGGGUAAUACCAACAUAAAAGUCGCCGACAUGGAUAUACCUUCACUGAUACUCACAUGUUUUUGUCUGUCGUUGUCGGUUUAUUUCUCCUACUGUCAGAGUAACCAAAAUUGUAAUAUUGAUAAAUUUGAGGUCCAAAAGGACUUCAAUGAAUCAGCGUUUGAAGGUUACUGGUACGUAAUAUCAGCUAACAGGCAGUUUAAUCCUUUUCAAGUUGCAAUGUCCAACAGUAAUGGCGGGGGAAUGAAUUCAGGUUUCAUGGGAGCAGGUUCGGGUAUGUUUUCCGGAUUCAAUGUUGGAAUGCCACGACAGAUGCCAUUGGCAAUGCAACGCCAGCUGAGAAAUCUUCGCUACUAUUUCGAAAUGACGUCAGAAAAUGGCACAAUGUUCACACUAGCAUCUGGAACUGUAAUGGGAAAUCGAUGCUUCUACGCACACGGCGUAAAUAACCCGCCAAAUGUGUCCAUUCCAGCUAAGACCGACUAUUCAUUCCAAGGCAGCUUGUUUCCUAUUUGGGUGAUCAGUACGGACUAUGUAGGAUACGCAGUUAUCUACUCUUGCUGGGAUACUAACGUGAACGGCGAAUGCAGUGAUAACAGCGCCCAUGUCCUUACUCUCAAUCGCGUCAUGGAAGGCCACACUCCUGCAGAACUUGCUAAAGUUGAGGAAACCAGUACGUACGUGUGUGUUCCACCGACAUCCCUGCGGUCUGUCCUUCACAACGGUGGUUGUGCUUUCAAUGCCUCAUAUUUCCCACUGGAUGAAUUCUCUAUCAUGAAUGACAUCAAUUACUUUCCAGUGGGUUAGGUUUCUUUUGUCUACAGAAAAUAGACGUUUAUCAAUCACUCGAAUGUAACAUCAUGUGAAAUAAUAUGCUGCAAUGGAUUUCAUUAAUUUCCUGCCAAACUCCGGAAUACAUUUAUUUGGUAACAUUGAAUAAAGCAAAUUUCCAGAAUUGAAGGUACAUUAGCUGCGCAUCAUAUUGACCACACCUGGACAGUACAUUGACAUUGCUAAAAGACAAACAUUGAUUUCUUAUUUCCCAGUCGCUUUAUAUAUGAGUGAUAGCCAACAUAAAACAUAUGAAUCCCUUCAUUAAAUACGUUUCAACGUUUUCCCUAACACCCUCUGUUAAUGUACAUGUGUGUAUAAAAUCCCAUUCGAUGUCUUGCAACGUAGAUAUUGAUGUCUUUCAUUCUCAAAUAUAACAUCGAAGCAGAUUAGGGGUUAAUUGGUUCAUAUGAUCUUGUGUUUUUGAUGUUUUGUUUUUGGCCUUGUUUUAGUACAUGUAUUCUAAAACACUCCAGAAUAGUAAUUCGUGUAACAAGUAUCGCCAAUAAUGUUGUUUUUUAUACCAUCUUUACAUUAAAAUCAUGUCCAUCAUAUGAAAAAAAAGUAAAGUGCCAAAAGACACUUUAAUAUAACCUUAAUGUUUCAUGAAAGAAUUUCAAUAAAUGUAAAUAAAGCUUAACUUUAUUGAAACACGCCUAAAUGAUGCUGUGGUAAAACAAAAUAGUAAAAGUGUUAUUACUGAUGACGAUUCUAGAUAAUUCAAUAUAUUUUGUCAAAUUUCAAUAAAUGUAAUUGAUUUCAAAUUUACAGAAAUGCAAAACGAUAUGUUUCUCUUUGCCAAACGUAAAAGAGCAGAAAUCCUGGUAUUAUUGAUAAACUGUCAACCUUUUAUCUAUGAAUAAAAAGGAACAUAAAGUUAAGGGUUCAAACAGAGUCAUCUGUAUUCGGCUGGGUUGUUUUUUGUUAAAUGAAAACUGUUGUCAUUCAGUGGUCAGAAGAUGUCGAGAAACUCAAACAGUACACUGUGAAUGAUUCGUAUAUAUAUAUAGCUAGGAAUGUAAUGUCCUCAAUCAAAAUGGUGUUGCAAUGGAUUUGCCGGAUGGUACUUCCUGCGAAAUUUGGAAAACGAAAUUCCUCUUCAGAUAUUUGAUUUUGAAGAGGGUCUUGGUGAUUUGUAGUCGUUGCUUUGCACGCGUCGUUUGGCUAUUCUUUACGACAUCUGACCGGGAAACAAUCUGUCUUUCACGAAAUCCAAGUUUCUUUGCGUAAUAAAGACACUUCUGUUUUGCUACUGAUGAUGGGUUGCUUGACGGGCGUCAUUUCAAGUCCCUUUGAGUCAGCAAAUCUGUCCUUUUCGGUGAUCCUUUUACCAUUAGGUGUUAUGGCACGUUCAUUCACUUUACCUUCGGCUUGACAGGAACUUUCUCAGAGUCGCCUUCAACGAUUGCUCAGCUGAGAUAAUCAGAUCACUGGUGAGAUCCAUGCCGCCUGCAAGUGCUUGGUUGCCCACAGUUUGAAUCAUGAAUUUGUUGAUGAUAUGCCUGUUUGUUUGAAUAUAGGCUUCAUCUAUUCAUCGAGCCCCCAAAUCAUGCUUUCCAAGCCGUUUUAAAUCGUCCCGCGUAAUUGACGUUGUCUUGAUCUUUCCUCUAAGCUACCCUUUCUGAAAAUAAACAAUAUUACCCUUGUG